UGACCCUGGGACCCUUCAGUCCGCAGGCCAAUGCUCUAUCACUGAGCCACACCGGUUACGGCAAAUCUUUUUUUUUUUUUAAUGAAACUGAAUAUUGUCCUCCUGUCCUGCAGUAGGAAGCACUGUGGAGGGGGAGAGGGAGGAAGUAGCAGAAAGUUUCUGAAUUUGGAGAAGAAAAUGCAAAUGCACGUGGACUCAGGCACCACAUCUCCUGAGCCCUGGCCUACACAUGAGCUCCCCAGUCUCCGCCUCCUCAGGAACCGGCUGCAGUCCUCAGGCACGGCCUCCCCUCCACCCAGGGCGCCAAGAGGCCUUCCUCCAGCCUCUGCCCAGAGGACCUCAGACCACUGCCCUUGCUUAUCUUUGUGCCUAACCUGAGAAUGCUGCCUCCGGCAGGAAGUCCACCUGGACGGCCAUCCCUCCUUUCCGAACACUAACCAGUCCCCAACCCUAGAUCUAAGAGCAGUGCCCAUUAGACUUAGUCCGGCUGCCUUUGACUUUGUGGUUUGUAAAUCAGUCAGCCAUGCACCCUGUGAGAGAGAGAGAGAGAGAGAGAGAGAGAGAGAGAGAGAGAGAGAGCCCCAGACACCAGGUGGUGCAGGAGCCAGGUGUGUGUCCACCACACACCGAGUCAUGAGCUUCAGCGGGGCAGUGUGGGAAGUCAUGGGAAAGUCAGUCAGGGAAGCCCCCCGAGGAGGCAAAGUCACUGGCUCCCUCAGGGUCAAUAGGGCGCUGGAACCCAGAGGGUGCUCCAUCCCAGGGGUCUGAAAGGAAGGAUGUACUAACCCUCACCCUCAAAGCCCAACUUCCUCUCUAGCGGUGCUGGGAGACCCCAAGGCUGAGGGAGAAGCUGAAGCCAGAGGGGGGUGGAAUGCCUGUGGUGAGCACUUGCUUCCCCAGGCAGCUCUGCUGUGCUGUCCUCUGGAGUCGCUCUCCGUCCCCCACCCCCCACCCCGCCUGCAGGCCACAGCUCCAGGCUCCGGGUGAGCUGGGAGAGAGCAGGGAUCCUUGGCAGGGAGAGCGACAGACACCCAGACUGAGAUGAGGCUACGAGGGGCCGGAGAGCAUGGCUUUGAGGCUCCCUGGGCCCCAGAGGAGACCUGCCCGGCCUCCGUCUCGGAUCCCUCCAAAGUGAAAAGCAGCCCACUCCUGCCCUCCUCCCCUGUGGCCGCCUGGGGCCUCCUGCCACCUGGGCUGCUGCCCCCCCAUCGCACCCCACACAGUUCCUCUUGGGCCCAGGAGGCUCUGUUUCCACACCAUGGUCAGCGCAUCUGGCUCUGGGACAGCAUAUGGAUUUACCUCUAUGCGAGCUGGGGGCUGGGGGGCCUCCUGGCUGUGGUUAUGGCUGUUCUGUCCGCCUGUCUGUGUCGGCUCCAUCGGAGAGUGAGGAAGCUGGAGAGGAGCUGGCCUGUGUGCCACCCGGCCCAGGCCCAGGCCCAGCUCCCUGAGCAGGAGCAGGAGCUCCACUACGCAUCUCUGCAGCGGCUGCCCUGCAGGGAGCCGCCUGGCCAUGGCCACCAGGAAAGGGAAGACUCCUUGCAGGACCCCGGCACCGACUACACCUGCGUUGCUGACAAGAAGCCCACCUGAGCACCCGCCCCCAGCCCGAGUGCAUCCUGUGGCUCACCCAGUAAACACCUUGGUCUCAAA